UCACUGGGAUAGGCUCCAGUCACCCGCGACCCCUAACGGGACCAAGCGGUAGAAAAUGGAUGGAUGGAUGGAUGGAUGGAUGGAUGGUUCUUCAUUGCGUUUUGGGUUCUCUGAGGAGUCUAUUUGUGGCACUGAUGGAGUUGUUUGUGAAGGGCUGUAAGAGAUUUUGAGUGCCAAGCCACAGGGUGGAGCUGGUGGGUGUGACUGUGGGGGUUGUGACAGGAUCGGCGCAGCGAAGUAGUUGCUCAGCUGGUGACCGGAUGUGGCCAGUGAAGACUGUGGACAUGCAGACCCGUUUCAAAAAAGGCAGGAAUGCUGCUCAAGCCCUGUUUUUACAGAGACACAGGGUUUUGGGGAUUUACAGAAACAUGCUGAGGACCAUACGACAGGUACCAGAUGAAGGAGACAGGAAGUAUCUCAGAGACUGGGCAAGAGACGAGUUCAAGAGGAAUAAGAACGCCACAGACCAGGAUGCCAUCCGUAUGAUGGUCAUACAAGCUAACAACCAUCUAGAGGAGCUGCAGAAGUCUCUGGCGUUGGCCAGAAGUUAAAUAAUGUGAGCUGCUGUGGAUAUGGACUGAUCUGGAUUGGCUCUCUAUGAAGACCAUCAUGUGAUUGGUGGAGACUCUGUAAGUGCUAACAGGGAAACCUCUGAUCAGGGUAGUGUCAUUGUAAGUGAACAACGCAGAAUGUAUUGAAACUCGUCUUUGGCUGGACACCUUUUCAAGGAUGGAUUGAUGGAACUGACCUGAAGGCAUCAUCCUGAAAACCUCCUGUGCUGCUGCUCACCAUACAGUGGUGAGGAUGUUUGUUUUAACUGAGCCCAUCUUUUGUUUGUGCUGUAUAUACAGGAAUUAAUGAAACAACGAAGACACAUUCAGAAUGUUAACUUUCUUAAUACAAAAUAUGUUUUCUGGCAUCAGCAUACACAGUGCAUUAUUCAUAUUCAGAGUUAUCCAUGUAAAACUAACCAACCUGUAUGAGCAGUUACUACAUUAAACAUACUACAGACAGUAAUAUUGCAAUACAACUCUGAGCUUUCUUCAUGCAACAUGUUCUGACAGAAUUAAUCUUUUAUGUCACGACUGUCCUUUACAGACUAUGGAAUCAGAUUUGUGUCAAUAUAAUCAAACAAAACUUGUUAAAUAUCAAACAAAAAUAAGAAUAAAACUAACUGAAGCAAAAAAA